AUGGCUCUAGGCCAAAGCCCAACAACUGCCAUCUUGAGACUACCCGACGAGUUAUUGGCCUCUGUGUUACAAGAAUCUGUGCACGUCGAAUACAAAUUUUGGCGAGACGACGACUCAGAGCCUUUCUUGAAACCCUGCGAUGCUGCUACAGCGAGAGCGCUGAUCUCAACCUGUCGGCGGUUUCAGCGCCUUGUCACUCCGCUUCUCUAUGCCCACAUCGAGGUUCGGUGCAACGGCGCGGGUCGGGGUGAACGUGAGGUGGCCAACGCUCGCCGUACCAGACUUCUCCAUCGCACGUUCCGAACAAAUACGUCUUUGUGGAUGCACUGCCGCAGACUAGAAAUUGGCUUUAGUUAUGGCGGCAAACCACUCGAUCGAGAAUCACCAGUCCAAAACCUCAUGUAUAUUGCUUGCGACUGCCUCAAUUGGCUCACCAAUACCAUCGAUCUACGCAUCAUUGCCCUGCCGUCAGGUUUACUCGAAGAGGACGGGUUGACAACUGUGCUGCUUCCUACGGGGGAUGACCUUUGCUAUCUGAUCAGACUCGCGACAGACAAUUUACCCCAUCUGAGGCAUCUGGACCUCCAUACCUGUAACGAGGCAAUGCUGGCUCUACCGACUGUUAUUGCCGGGCUCAGUGGGCUCAAACCUAAUGCUUGUCUCCGAACUCUCGACCUGAGUGGCAUCACUCAUAUUGGGACAGAUGAUGACUGGAAAUUACUACGUGCUCAAGCAGGCACCUCGCCGCUCAGUGUAUUGAAGCUGAGAAAUUUCACCCAAGGGGUGCAAGCCCUCGAAGCACUUGUAUUGUGGCCAGCCAAACUGACAUCAUUUGAAUUUUCAAUGCCAUUUUCCGACCACUACAGUGGGGAAGGGCCCUUGACACGAUACAACCUCGGAGUGCUGCAGCAAGUCUUAUUACACCAGAAAAAUCAUAUUUGCUACAUUGGGCUACAAGAGCUUGUGAAUCAAGGUCUCUAUGGCUUUGACGUCACAGACUUCCACAGUUUGAAGACACUGACGCUUGGACAUGAUACGACAGGGACCGACUCUUCUUCCAUCGCCAAUCUUGUCGCACCCAAUUGUGAGGUAUUCUGCUGGGACAUGGUACUUGAAGAUCAGCAAUGCCCCGAGAAACUCGGUUCGUUCAAUCAGCCAGAGGAAGAUUGGCUCCGAGCAUUUGCGCAAGCCGCUAUCGCCAGGAAGUCGGCUCUUCGUCAUAUAAAGGUACUAUAUUACCCUGAGAGUGACGCUUACCUUACUGAAGAAGCCCUGAAGAGUCUUGAGUAUCCCUGGGAUCGGAUGGAUAGACUCGCACAGGAGAUUCAACCUUAUGGGAUUCAUUUGUCCUAUUCCGCUCCAAACAUAAGCAGGGGAGAAUUCGACGAAAUGGUUAGUGGCCCUUGA